AUGGCCUCUAAGAAGAUUCAAACCGUUCCUGUGGCGAAAGGGAAAAGCAUGAGCGCCUCCUUCUCAAGCGGAGAUUCUGCUAGGGUCGUCACCCGGAGCAAGGCCGAGGCAAUUUCCGCAACUCCACAGGUCACUUCCAUACUGACUCAAGCCAAGGCGAAAGACGUGAACCGAAGGCCUGAAUCGGUUAUCAAUCUGGUCUCCUUGGGGACAAAGAAGAAUACCUCCCGUUCGGAUGAGAGAAAUUCUCGGAAUGAAGAAAUGAGUUUUUCGAGCUCGAAGAAUUCAAGAGAACGUUCCCUCUCACCUGUUUCAGACGCUAGCUGGAGCACAGGCUCAUACCAUGGAUCCCCGCCUGACGACCAACAGAAGAAGAUUGCCUCGGCGUCCAUAGGUGAGUCUUAUUCUAUGGCCAUGCAAGUUAUGGUGACGGGAGCAAUGUCUAUUGAAGAACAGCUGACCCAUAUGAGCGAAGCGGUCACGAAACUGACAAAGAUGGUCGAAGAGAAGGAUGCGCAGAUUGCUUCUCUCAUCAACAAGUGGGAAACACAUCAGGAUAAGGAGCCUGGUCAAGACGCAAACAAGAAAGGACCACAUCAUGAGGCUGAAUCCAGCGAGAAAGUAUUGGGUCAUGAAACAAAGUCGGGUGAGAAGUCCCACGGAAAAAUUGACGCCGCCUCGGUGGGUUCUUUGUCGGUCCAACAACUUCAGGACAUGAUCGCGAACACCAUCAGAGUUCAAUACGGAGCACCUUCCUGA